AUGAGCAGCGGCUGCAGAUCAAGAAUGCAAACAGAGGGAAAGUCAGACGGGAGAGAAGUGUCAUGAGAUAGAAAAUAUUACGAGGAGGAAAGAGAGAAGUUAAAAAAAUCCCAGAGUGCCUGGGCGGACCCUAGAAACAGACAUGAAUAACCGCUCCAUCGCCUGGUGGCUGAGCCAGAUCGGCCUGCCCCAGUACACCAAGACUCUGGAGAGGGAAUAUUACGGUCUUGAGGGUUUGCUGAGUGUAACCGAUGGAGAGCUGAAGGACGCAGGGGUCGAGGAUGCAGCACACCGAGAGACCAUCCUCAGUCAGCUUUCAAGACACAGAGAGAGACUGGACCCAUGCUCUGCUGUUCAGAUCCGGGAGCGUCGGGUGAGCCGAAAGUACUCCCUGGGCUCGUCUAUGGACCUGGUGAAGCCUGGGAAGGAUCUUUUUCGCCAGAGCGUUCUACCCCGCCUCCAGCGCGCCGACAAAAAACACCGCCUGUCCGCCUCUUGCUCACAGCUCCGCCCCCUGAACGAGGACAACGCUCAGAUCGGCGAGGCAGACCGCUGUCAGGACAGCAAACACAGCAAGAGGAGGAGUGUCAGUGCAUACCUCAGCCAGCUGAAGGUCUUCGGUGGUCGGAGGGAGAUGGACUCGUUGAAGAAGGAGCUGGAGGAGGAGCUGAAGCUCAGCACCGAGGACCUGAGGAGCCACGCAUGGUACCACGGACUACUGAGCCGAGAGGCCGCAGAGUCUCUGUUUGGGAGGGAUGGAGAUUUCCUCGUCCGAGACUCGAGCUCUUCCCCCGGCGACUAUGUCUUGAGCUGCUUUUGGAGGAACGGGCCGAUGCACUUUAAGAUCAUACGAGUGGUCCUUCGACCCAAAAAGGGCUACUCUCGGGAGCUGUUCCAGUUCGAGGAGGAUCGCUUUGACAACGUUCCCGCUCUGAUCCGGUUCUAUGUGGGCGGGCGUCGGCCCAUCUCCCAGGCCUCACGCGCGGUGAUCUUUCACCCGAUCACGCGGACCCUUCCUCUGCGCGUCAUCAACGAGCAACAUGCCGACAGCAACGGCGGCGGCGACGGCGCAGGGGGCGAGAAGAACAGCGCCCCCGACAAAAGACGCAGUCUCAGCUCGACCGACACCCUGCAGGUCAUCAAUCCACUGCUGAGGAGUGGAAGUCAGCCUGCUAACAUGGAGAAUGUGGGACGGAGGCCUUCACUUCAGUCUGCACAGUCUGACAGCAACCUACGAACUGGUGUUCAACAUACCACACUGUCCGAGGACAAAGGCCCCGCCCCCAUCUCCCCGGUGUUCCGCACGGGCAGCGAACCUCUGCUGAGCCCACGAUCACGACACACGCGCCCUUCCUUUCCAGGUGGCGGAGUAACUUUACGAGGCUCCGACGGACAGCUGCACCCCAGAGCUCCUCCCAAACCUCUCAGGGUCUCCACUGUUUUCUCCAACACCGUGCCUCCUCCGCCCACGGACUCGGAUGAAGACCCCUCCUCUCUCUACAAUGAGCUGGUCAUCCAGGUGCCAGAGUCCCGCCUGAAGGGCCACGUGGACAGAUUACGCGCAGAGGAGAAGUGGCAGAGCCGCGCCCGCCUCACAGAAACUUCCUUCGGCUUCCUGGAGGCCCAGAACAGCGAGGCGGCGGCGUCACAGCAGCUGUUCGACGGAGAGCCGCAGAGGAAGCCGGCAGAGGAAGAGGAAGACUGGCACUUUGAACGGCCACAUAUGGAGCCAGAGUCUUGCUUCCAGUUGGAUCAGUUUGAGUCGCUGCUUCUACCCGAGAACAACCGACCGCUGGAGCCCGGCAUCCUGCUGGCACUCAAAGAGCUCUUCAACCGCUCCGAUGCCAACACCAGCGCUCUGCACAUUCUCAGUGUCGACUGCCAGGUAGCACGGAUUGUUGGGGUGACGGAUGAGCAGAAGAGGCUCAUGGGAGUGGAAACGGGGCUGGAGCUGGUCACUCUGCCACACGGACACCAGCUACGACAGGAUCUGUUAGAAAGGCAUCAUGUCAUAGCGCUGGGAGUCGCAGUGGACAUCCUGGGCUGCACGGGAACUGUGAGCCAACGGGCGACAGUUUUACACAAGCUAAUCUUAUUGGCUCAGGCCCUGAAAGAACACGCCCACGACCUUUACUCCUUCUCUGCCGUGAUGAAGGCUCUGGAGAUGCCUCAGGUGGAGCGGCUGCAGAUGACGUGGCGAGGGCUGCGGAGGAACCACACGGAGAGCGCGGUUUUAUUCGAGAAGACACUCAAGCCCUUCAUGAACUCGCUGAGCGAGGGGGACGACUCUGUCGUUCAGGGUCCCGUCGCCGUGCCACACCUGGUCCCUCUGCUGAUGGUGAUGGAGGGCGAGGACCCGGUGGAGAACAGCGACCGGGGCUGUCAGCUCCUCUACGACGUUCUCCAAUCGGCACGCAGCGCUGCGCUGCACGCCCAAGAAUACCAGAAGCACGCGCACACUCUGCUCACAGGAGGCUGGGAGCCAAUCCCCGAGCUGCUGGAGGCCUUCCGGACCGAGUUCGCCCUGCGGCUGCUCUGGGGUCAGUCGGGCGCCGGCGCCAGCAGAGAGGAGCGCUACGAGAAGUUUGACAAAAUUCUUUCUGUUCUCUCCGAUAAACUGGAGCCCGUGGAGAUCACACCGCAACAACCCGACUCUUUGACCUGACCGGCGGGAGGCCGGUUUUUCAACUAACUUUUUUUUCGUUGCGUCUCGCCGUGACUGGGCUGCAAAGACACAGAUCUGACCCCUCGACAUCACACAGACAAACUGUAUCGGGAGAAGUUAUUUUUUUCUCCUUCACUUGCUGAGAUGGGACUGCAACAAAACUCGUAAAAAAGGAAAAGGGAAAAAUAUAAGUGAUGUGUGUGGAGAGACUUUACUGUGAAAAGGGCUGCGCUUGAUCCAUUUUCCCUUUGCUGGAAAUCUGAAAUUGUUUACCCCAAAAUUUUGCAACCGUUUACUUUAACCGCAUUUCUGAUAUACUCAGAUGCUGGAGGUUCCUCAGGAACCAGCAAGGACAUCAUAAGCAUGAUCACAACUGAGUACACGGACUGCUGCUCUACGGAAUCCACACUGGAAAUAGUCUUUUCUGUUUUCUCUUCAGUGUUUCUGAGCAAUAAAUGAAUGUUUACUUUG